ACCGCAGUUCAAAAUAUAUGAACUUCAUAUAUUUCAUUGUCUCUGAGGAUUGCAAAACUAUUUCACUUGAUCACUUGUGUCACAAUGGGAUCUAGUGGAGCAGAAAAUAUUUUGGAAGCCAAAUAUCAAAUUUAUCAAGUGAACAUGUCUGAUUCGAUAGGCAAUCCCGAUGCAAAGAAAUGAAUGUAGCCUUCCCUUAGUUGAUUUUUAUCGAAUUUGCAACAAGAGAGAAAACUUAUCCGUUUGUUUUUAAGGUCGUUUUUCAAUCGAUAACUAAAUCACACACGAUUCCAGCAAUCAUGUGCUCUGAGUUGGCAUGCUAAUGAUUGUGCUUCAGCUCACCGCCACGAAGCAUCUAGUUCUGAUUUAUUAAAUUUACGUAUCGCUGUACUUUCCAGUUGCAUCCUAAACACUUCAGUUCAAUAGAACAUGUGCAGUUAGGGAUCAUUUGGAAUCAUAACUCGUCGAAAAAAAUCUUCGCCCUGGACACAUAAAAAGAGCAACUUUUUUAAUCAAAAUUCAAAUAUAAUUUCGGUUGGGCUGCAUGCAAUAUUGAUUCAGUUUCCGGUGUGCAAUUUCUUUACAUCGACGAGAUGUUUUUUAAACUAUAUUAAUGGGGUUGCUCUAGUCACCACCGAGUGGCGUUUACUUUAUUAGUCUGGCUCGCUUUGGAAAAUCGAAAAAAAUCUGACUGCUGUAACUAUGAUUUUACAUCGAUGUUUUAAUAAGUGUGUCACGCAAGGGAAAGGGUACUUAUGACUGCGUCAUUUGGCUUCUGACAGGCUUAGCACAAAAGAUAAUGAAAACAAUUAGUUUUUGUAGUUUCCGCCUCUGCGCAAGUCUACCCUAGUUGUUUUAUGCUUUGUAACUGAAAUGUGUUAUGCUGAAGAUCAAAACAAAGUUUCAGUAAACGGAGCCAAAGAGGUCAGAGCUUUGUGAGAAAAGAUAGCAGUCGGCCAAAAGAAGAACAUAGUGUAUAGGAGAGAGUUUGUUAGUUGAUGAGCUCAUCUUACACCGUAAGAAAACGAGUCCCAACAAGAAAACGCAUAGAGGGAAUGUUCAGGUUUGCUUUCAAGUGAAAUGGCAUCGUACGUGCUGCGACCAUUGUUUACGUUGACGUCCGUGUAACAGCUAUUCGGAGAUUGAAGCGAGGGCACUGGUAACCAGCCUCAUGAUCAGCAUAGAAAUGGCUCAAGUUCGUGCAAUGGUUGUUCUUACCAUCUUGAACAGUCUGGUGGCUCAUUGUGCAGGAUCCUCUGGUGAAAAAAUAUUCAGAGUUUACCACCAAAAGCUGAAUUACACAGAGGCUGACAAAGCAUGUAGAAUAAAAAAUUACGAUGACUAUCUCGCAAAAAUAAAAACCACUAACGACCUACAGUUGGCUAAAAAUAAAUCAAAUACCACCAACGGCAUGAAGUAUUGGACAGGUCUCAAUCUCUGGAAUGGCGAUUGGGAAUGGAGUGACAAAAAGAUGGCUGGUAUAAAACUUGUCGAUAUUGUAAAGAACUUAAAUCGUACAGAAGCACUGUCAAAGAAACCGAGGAAAUUCUGCUGUUUGGUAACCCAUGAUGCUCUCUUGGAGUGCACUAACUGCAGUGAGGAGCAUGCCUUUAUAUGUGAAGAUUUCCAAGAAAGUAACUUUACACAAGUGGACGUUAAUUCGAGCUGCAUCCCAGCAUUUUCUCUAGUUAAAUCCUCCGCAAGAAACGCUUCCUGUAUAUUCUACGAGUAUAAAGGCGAGUUUUGCAAAGAUAUCAUAACAAGUCUGUACGUUUAUGGGAACCAAAGCACAUUGGAUUAUGGUGAAAAGGAAACGAACACAUUCGGAGGCUACUUCAACUUGUUUGAGAUCUCGGAGAGGUGUAAACCUGUGAUAAGAGAUUUAUACUGUCGUUAUCACUUCCCACCGUGUGAUGAAACACUGGGCGAGCCUAAAGAUCGCGGGCUCUGUCAAAGAUCAUGCUUGUAUUUGAUUCAAGAUGUUUGUAAAUCAGAGAUGAAUUUUCUUAGAAACGCAUCCAGGGAUGCCCCGGUGUUCGACCAGAAAAUGAUUAAUUGCUCGCUAUACAAGCCCACUAAUGGUGGAGAUGCUCCCGAAUGCUAUGAGUGGCCAGACAUACCUGGUGAUGACACAAAAAGCCUGGAUUGUUACUAUGGCGUGGGAGUUGGGUACCGUGGCAGUGUGAACGUCACCCGGUCUGGUCGUACAUGUCAGUCUUGGAAAUCUCAGUGUCCUCAUCGUCACUGGCGGAUUCCUACCAAAGAUGACUCAAACAUGUGUCGUAACCCGGACAGCAGUGCUCCGAAUGGGCCCUGGUGUUAUACCACUGACCCAAAUGUUCGAUGGGAAUAUUGCAACGUAUCUCGAUGUCCUCCAAGAGAGUUACCGCCACCUCCGAAACGCUUCACGGUAGACAAUGUUCAGACAAGGUAUCUUAUUUUGACUUGGGAUGAGCCAGAAAAUGCCAGCUUUCACCAAAUAUUAAGCUACACCGUAGAGCGGAGGACAUCAAAAUUGGAAAACUUUACAGUAUUAAAGACGAUUCCGUACCCUGGGACCAAAAUGAUUAUGGAGGACUUGGAACCCUCCACAGAAUACACCAUCAGAUUAUCAAGCAACAAUAUGCAUGGGAGAUCAGAGGGUGUUUUGGUAACACAAAAGACACUACCGAACGAGUUUAUUAUGAAAUUGAUGCUGAAAAUAGUGUUGCCACUAAGCUUAGCAUCUUUAUUAGUUGGGGUCGUUUGCGUCAAGUAUGGACCUAUUAGAAAUUCAAAGCGAGGCAAAGUGUACACUGAGUUUAACCUACAGCCGCAGACACCGCUCACCACUCUUUGUAACUGGGUCGAGAUUCCCAGAACAGAUGUUACACUCAAAGAGAAGCUUGGGGAAGGUGCAUUUGGAGAAGUGUACAGAGGCUUAGUGCGCAUGGACGGACAAGUAAGGGCAUGUGCAGUAAAGAGUAUUAAAGAGAAUGCUAGAGAGAAAGACAGGAAGGACUUACUCAACGAGCUUCAAAUCAUGGUUACAGUUGGUGAACAUCCUAACAUCAUAAGUCUCAUUGGAGCUUGCACAAAUUCUGAUUCAAUUUUGGUCAUUGUUCGCCUGGCUCCGAAUGGCUGCUUGUUGGACCAACUGAAGAAGAACAGAGAAAAUCCAUACGAAGAUAAAAUGAAAAGGCAAAUCGGAUUCACACGUGUGGACAAAUUAAAGAUCGCAAGAGACGUGGCCUGUGGAAUGUCUCAUCUCGCCAGCAAAAAGUGUGUUCAUCGCGACCUUGCGGCAAGAAAUGUGCUUCUUGGCGAGAGGAAUGUUGCUAUGGUUUCCGACUUUGGCAUGUCACGUGAUGUGUACGAAAGUGGUGAAUAUGAAACUCUUUGCACGGACAUGUUACCGGUUCGUUGGAUGGCUCUUGAGUCUUUGGAGGAUUUAGUGUAUAAUACAAAGACAGACGUGUGGUCGUUUGGAGUUCUUUUAUGGGAGAUCGAAUCUGGAGGUAAAAUGCCAUAUACCGGUCUUAUAGCCAGGGGAAUCAUCGAAUUUUUGAGGAACAGAAAAAUAUUAUCAAAGCCAGAAGGAUGCCCGAAUGAAAUGCAAGUAGCCAUUGAUCAUCAUCAUCAAUCCUUUUCAUGCCUCGUGGCACAUAGGGCCUUCACAGAGCUUUUGAUAGUAGCCAUUGAUAGAAUGAAAAUAUUUCGGCUGUCACAAUGGUUCGGCUCCGAGAGCUUGGUGACUAGAAUUUUUCUCUUUUUUUCGUUUCCCAGUUAUGAUUUAAUGAAAUCUUGCUGGAAUCUGGAUCCGGAGAAACGUCCUCCAUUUGCAGAUCUUUUGGUGUGCCUUGAGAAAGAACUUAUUGAAAACAAAGAGGAUUUCCCAGGGGAUAAGAACCGUCUUGAAACGGAACCAAAGGGAAUUACAAAUAUUGUUAGUGAACCGGAUUAAUGACUUAGAUGAAAACGCUGCCUAUGGAUUCACAAGUUUUCGUAGGAGUCCAAAUACCUUUAGGCUGAUGAGAAGUUAUUAUACAUCCGCGUUUGUAUGUUAUCAAAACGAACUGUUGUGGUCCACCAUAAAUCGUUUCAGUAACAGAAAGCAGACUUAUACUUAGUAAAUAAACCCCUUCGGGCGGCUGGUAUGUCUGCUGAUAAUGUCCGCGGCUGAGAGAUUGUCCGA